AUGCGUAUGCCAACCCGUCGUUCCCUAACAGUCUCCCAACCCACCUCCGCCAAACUGCCCCCCGCUCCCCAUCCAAACCUAAUGCUAGUCGUCCGAUUCCUCGUCACCGGUCUCGUCUGCCUCCUCUCCCUCGCCACCGCAAUCAUCUGCAUUCUCGUCGUCGAUUACUACAACUCUCAUGAUCCCAUUAUCCGACCUUCAUGGGGAUCUCUGAUCUUCCUCAUCGUCCUCGGCCUCUUGACUCCGAUGAUCUAUUUCGGAUACAACAUCUUCCUCCCUUUGAUGCCGUUUAUCAACUACGGCGAUUUCCUUUACUCCUUGUUCAUGGUAAAGAUCGAGCUGCUGCUCCAAUUCGCAAUGUGCGUUCUCUGGAUAUCAGGUGCACUAGCAUAUGCCUGCGAUCUUAGGGGAAAGGAAAACUGUCAGUUUGAUUCAUACUGGCAUUAUGAGAAGCCUGAGGAUUUCAACCAUGUUUGCGAUCUUAUCAACUAUGCGGUUGGAUUCGCCUACGCCACCUUUGGUGUACAAGCGUUUCUAUUCGUCAUCGAAACUUUCUACGGCCUCUACAUCUUCCUCCUACUCGAUCAAGAGAGUCUGAACGAACCUCACUUUGAAUGGGGUAGACGCGCGUACAACUACGCUCAACAAGCAAAACAAACCCAACGUCAAGCCGCCAUUUCCCCCUCUUCCCCUCCUCGCGCUGCAGCUUUGGGUGCGACUAGUUACCGCGAUACCGGUCGACGUAGCCCUACUACUUCCGCCGCUUCAAGUUCAGGUAGAGGCAGCAGUGGUCGGGGGGGCAGAAGAGGAGCAGCCUAUGCAGAUCCAGAAAUGGAAUCGAGCGCAUCCACCGCUCCAAUCUCGCUAGGUAGUAGGGGUAGAAGAGGUACAGCUUACGGCGGAAUGGCGGAAAGAAGCCAAGAUGAGGAAAGUCAGAUCGCUGGUAGACCGCUUUCGGUGGAUAGCGAGGAUAGGGUGGCAGGCGGGCCCCUUGCGUCGGCUGCCGCCGCGGGCGGUGGAGGUGCCAGGGCGAGUAGUAGAGGUGGUAGUAGGAGAGGCCUACUGUCCGAUGAAGAGUCGGGUUGGCAUUUGAGAGAGCAAGAUAGCGAGCGAUAG